AUGUCUCUGACUCUAUCCAAAACCCUCUCCACCUCUCUGCUGCGCUCGCUGCAUUCUCUGCGCCCCAUCCAGGCGCGUUUCCUGCACCCGGAAACUGCCAGCACCAAAGGCGAAGACUUCUACGUGGCCGCCACUUUCCCGGAUGACUUCGAGGCACCGACCCUGAUCAUCAAGAAGAAGGGCGGGGCGCCGUCGUGGGAUGAGCUGCAUUCCACUCUGAGUGAGGCUUCGAUCAAAGCCGACCGGGGAGAAGUCGACUUCCGACCACUGGGAGGACGAGAUGAGAUUGAGAGGAUUCUGUGGCCGGAUCGAGAGGAUCCGAAGAUAGAUGAAAUGUAG